AUGGCACCAGAUCCUUCGCAUGCGGCAGCAACGCAGCCAGCAGGAUCGGUAUUUGAUGACGAAGAAGAUAACAAUCCAUUCUCCAAUACUCAGGGGCUUGCAAGUUUGAUGAGUGAUCACCGAAACAGUCUGAGUCGACAGGCAGGUAGUAAUGGGCAUUCGAAGAGGGCUGGUGGUGAAUCACAGGCUGGAGAUAAGUUCGAAGACGAUGCAUCGCUCUUGCUUUACAAUUCGUCUUCUAACAAUCAAGCAGAAGUUAAUUCGAGUCCAAAUAAGGAUACCUUUAAUACGAUCUAUAUCAACUAUGAAAGUCGGGUUACCAAGCUCUUGAGGCCAGGGAGCAAUCCUAAGAUUCAAAUAACCGAAGCUGGCAACUCUAAUGAAGGAAUGCUGAAUUCUCUGAAGAAAUAUAUCGUGUAUACCAUCAAACUAAUCAAUGGAGAUGAUCUAAGUGAUGAAAUUCAAACCAGGAGGCGUUAUAGUGAUUUCGAAAGUUUGAGAGAUGUUCUUACCAAAGUUUUUCCCUUGGUGAUCGUUCCUCCGAUUCCUCCUAAAAACUUUCUUGGUUUUGGUGUUUUAAAUGGUCUAGUCUCUCAAAAUAUUCUGCAAUCUACUGGAGGGGUUGCUAAUGGCACAGGAGGAAGUUCUGCAGAUGGUAACGCUGCAAGUAAUGGAGUGGGUGGCUCACCAUCUAAUUACUCUUAUAUAAACUCUACUCAUCUCAAUAAGAAUAAGUUGAUUGAACACCGCAAACGUUUAUUAUCCAAUUUUCUUAACAAUUGUCUAAGUAUUCCGCAAAUUCGUAACUUAGAAUUUUUUGCAAAAUUCUUAGAUCCAAAUGCAAACUGGUCUGAUGAAAUCACCCUUAUCACAAGUCAAUUGCCUAAAUCCAUCUACUUACUGAACCCCGAAAAUGGGCUUAAAACUGAUCCUCUCUAUGAAAACCUUCCUCUACCGGUCAGCAACCAUUCUAUAAAUAUACCGUUUUUCAAGGAUAAUAAGAAGAAGAUUACGAAAAAGACCAAUAAGUUACUAGGUAAACAGUCACAACAAAAUAAUGAUCAAGAAGAAUCGCCUAAUGAACUUUCUAGACAGACAUCUCCAACAAAUACAGUCACUGUUGAUGCAAAUGGAGGUGGAGAUUCAAAUAACAAGUCGAAUUAUUCGGUCGGUGAUGAAUAUAUAAUUGCAACUUCUCGCUUAGAUGAUAUCAAUAAAAAAAUAAUGGAUAAUUUCAUCGGCUUAGCCAAUGACUAUACCGAAUUGGGUACUGCAUUCAACUCUUUUUCACUUAUUCUUUCCGACCUGCCAAUUACAAGAACUAGCAAAAUUAAACUUUCUAAUGAUUCUUCAGUUGACGAUAGAGAAAAUACCAAAUUAAAUAUGGUUUUCGAAAAAAUCGGACAAGUUUUUGAUCGGUCCUACAUAACGAUUAACUCAUUAAUUGGGGAUUUGGAAACUAAGUUUUCAGAACCUCUAGGUGAGGCAGUAAAAUAUUCGGAUAUUUUGACAUUCAUAAAUAGUUAUACAAGAAGAAAAAUUCGUCAGCAGAAGCUUUUAGACUCAGAGAUCAAACACAGGAAAGAAGAUCUUUUUGAAUUAUUGAAACAAGAACAAGAGUCUGCACGUAUCGAUGGGGCCAUAAAUUCUCAUGCUAUUCACUCAGAUCAUAAAUUUGAUUUUUCAAGCACCAACAAUGAACCUGCUCUGAACCAAACUGAAACACAGCAAGCCAAUAAAAGCAAAUUCAAAUUCUUCCCAUCAAUGAAUCAAUUCAAGAAAAUAACUCAAUACGUAACCGAGAUUAUUGAUCAAAAUCCUGAACAAACAAGGCGACAACGCAUUGCACAUUUACAAAAUAAAAUUACCCUGUUGGAGAAAUGUCAAAAGAUUAUGCUUGAAGAUGUUUCUUAUAUUACUGAUGAGGUUGAUAAAAACUUUAAACAAUUCCAUCAGAAAGAAUUAAAAGUCAUUUAUGAAAUACUAUUGACCUACAAUGGAUUUUUAAUCAGUUGGGCUAAAAAAAAUAUUGACAUUUGGGAGGAGAUAAAGGAAGAGGUGGAAAAACUAUAA